AUGGCGACGGCUUUCGCUCCAACCAAGCUCACUGCCACCCUCCCUCUCCAUGGAUCUCAAGAGAAUCGUCUCGUGCUCCCGAUCCGAUUGGCUCCUCAUUCUUCUUUCCUCGGAUCCACCCGUUCCCUCACCGCUCAUUCUUCUCGCAGGCUCAACCACGCUCACGCCACACGUCGUUCUCCUCCCGUCGUCGGUGUCCAGGAAGUUGUCAAGGAGAAGAAAUCCAUCAAUAGCCUGUUGAUUACCAAAGAGGAAGGAUUGGUCUUGUAUGAAGACAUGAUACUCGGUAGAUCAUUCGAAGACAUGUGUGCUCAAAUGUAUUACAGAGGAAAGAUGUUUGGUUUUGUUCACUUGUACAAUGGCCAAGAAGCUGUAUCCACUGGCUUCAUCAAGCUCUUGACCAAGUCUGAUUCCGUCGUCAGCACUUACCGUGACCAUGUUCACGCUCUCAGCAAAGGUGUCUCUGCUCGUGCUGUGAUGAGUGAGCUCUUUGGGAAGGUCACCGGUUGCUGCAGAGGUCAAGGUGGAUCCAUGCACAUGUUCUCUAAAGAACACAACAUGCUUGGUGGAUUUGCUUUUAUUGGUGAAGGGAUUCCCGUGGCCACUGGUGCUGCGUUUAGCUCCAAGUACAGAAGGGAUGUCUUGAAACAGGACUGCAAUAUGUAA